AUGACAACAACCAACGAGAGACCACACGUACUCAUUGUGGGAGCAGGGCUUGGAGGGCUUUUUCUCGGAGCUCUCCUCGAGAAAGCCAACAUUCCCUACACCAUAUUCGAGCGUGCAACUACUGUGAAGCCUCUAGAGUCGGCGAUGUUCAUUAUGGCACCAAUGUUGACUUUGUUCGCCCAACUCGAAAUCUUGGACGAGUUUAUUGCAAUCUCCAAGGAGCUGUCGACGUUCUCUACGAACCGUGAGUCAGAAGGACCCUUCUCCACUCUUGACUACUCCGCCAUGGAGGCCAUUACGGGAUACCCAGGCUACAUAGUCUCAAGACCCAUGUUCUACAACCUCCUUCAAAAGCAGAUUCCCGCCACCAAGAUCCUCUUUGGAAGGCGAGUCACCAACAUUUUGGAAAUGGAAAGCAAGGUUAUGGUCCAGACCGCAGACAACCGGAUGUUUGAGGGUGAUAUCCUUGUUGGCGCUGAUGGUGCUUACAGUACUGUUAGGCAAAGGAUGUAUGAGACAUUGAAGCAACAAGGUCGGUUGCCAAAGACGGAUCAGAAGGAUUUGCCUUUUAGUUGUUCUUGUCUUGUUGGACAGACACGAUCGCUGGAUCCGGAAGAGUUCCCGGUCUUGAAGGAGGAGCAUAGUCGGUAUUUUUUGACACUUGCACACGAUCAGCCUUACUCUGUCGCGGUGUUCACGACAAAACAAAAUACUUUUGCAUGGAUGAUUCUGCACCGCCUCGAAAAAUCCACGUCCAAAGCAUCCACGGAACAGCAGUUCAAGACAAACGAAAGCACUGAAUGGAGCAACCCCCAUACUACGACAGUCAUGUGCGACAAGACCCGUAACGUUGUUCUCCCCAUUGUUCGGGCGGGCGAGGAUGGUGGAGACAACAGCAACACGACGCUGACGAUCGGAGAACUUUUUGACAGGACGGACAAGGAAUUGAUUUCAAAGGUCAAGUUGGAGGAAAAGAUUUUCACGACUUGGUCGGCUGGGCGCACUGUCCUCCUAGGCGAUGCUUGCCAUAAGUUACAUCCCGCUGCUGGGCAAGGCGCGGUGAACACAAUACAGGACGCGGUCAUCCUCGCCAACCUCAUCUACACCCUCCCUUCCAUAUCGAACUCCUCCAUUACGAACAUGUUCAAAGCCUAUCAAGACGAGCGCAUGCCCGCCGUCCAAGCUUCCUACAAAUCCAGUCAAAUCGGUACCAAGAUCAUGUCCAAGGGCUUCUCAGGCGCGGUGGCGAGGUUUAUAUUUGGACAUUUGCCAGAUUGGUUGUGGAGGCUGCAAUUGGGUGCUGCAUCGCGAUAUACUCCUUCUGUUGGAUUCUUGAAGAAGCCCGAGAGCAAAAAGGAGGAGCGGGGUGGUGGUUCCGGACAUUUCGGAAAGCGCUGA